AUGUUAACUGUAACGGAGGAUAAGAUCUCCAUCCCUCUUAUACCAGACGCGGAGUUAUGUGAUGUUCGUAUUGGGGUGACAGAUCCGGCGUUGUUUUUUAGCAUCAAGCUUGAAAAACCCUCGCAAGUGUUGAUUGAGUUUCAGGAAUUUAAUACGGCCUCGCGGUGCGUGCUGCUGCUGAGUCCAACGGACCCGCAUCCAAGUAAGCACACGGCCGUAUGGAAGCACCUUUCACCAGAUCCGAACAAAAUGUUAACUAUUCUCCCAGCGGAUCCUUCCUACAGUCUUGGAACUCUUUACCUUGCUGUGCGUUACGUGGAAGACAACGGGAACUCUUUCAUCCGCCUUAAACUGACACUUCGCGACAGCUACGAGGCGGAAUGGUAUUCGCUUAUCAACAAAUCUUUGUACUGCGGCUCGUGGUUAGGUUUCUACUAUCAUGGCUUUGGUCGUGUAAUAUAUGGAUUAGACGCCCGUAAUGUUGAAGAGGGCGCAGUGAGGUGGAGUGCACAUAGUUUAAGGAAGCAAAACUCGAGGUCGUACCGCCGAGAGGAGGCAACUCCUGUGGCGAGGGCGUCGCUACUCGGUGUGUCUCGUCGUGAGGUCAGUUGGUCCAUCAUUGCCUUGCCUUUGCUUACAGCUGAGGUGUACGAAGGGGAGUGGGUAAAUGGGAAGAAGGAGGGUCUUGGUGUUUACCAGUGGUCAGACCGCUCGUACUGGGGAAUGUGGAAGGAAGGUAUGCGAGAGGGGUUUGGCGUCUUUUGUACCUCAAAUGGCCUUCAUUACGAAGGAGAAUGGCACCUUGACAACAAACAUGGUCUUGGGAAGGCAUUUUAUCCUGACGGAUCACGGUAUCAGGGACAUUGGGAGGACGAUGUGCGCUCAGGAGAGGGGUUGUUUGUGUACUCAAGUGGUGUUGCGGUGACCGGAAAAUGGGAGAAUGAUGAACUUUGCCCCGAGGUCAGAGCUAACUAUCCCGAUGGGUCCUUUUACGUCGGAGAGUGGACGAAGGGCUGCCGGCAUGGAAAUGGUACCCACACCGAUGCCCCCGGGAACGUUUUCGUUGGAAAAUGGGAGGACGACAAACGCACCGGUGAGGGGAAGUUGACUUUUGCAAAUGGCGUCGUUUGUGUAGCCGACUGGGAAAACGGACAGCGGCAAGGGGGUGUGUUCACAUUUCCCAAUGGCGAGGUGUACGUCGGAGGCUGGAAUGAUGAGUCACUUUGUCGGGAGGGUAUCGGCUGCUGUACGUACCCCAAUGGCGACAAGUACGAAGGGAGUUGGAAAGACGACAAGAGGCACGGUUUUGGUAAGUUUGUUGAGACUGGCCUGAAUCGAAGUUACGCCGGAGAGUGGUUCAAAGGGGUGCGCUGUGGUUUGGGCGUUCAACGUGCAGUUGAUGGAACAUAUCACGGAGAGUUUGAGGAUGACGUUCGCUGUGGAGAGGGCUAUUACCAAGGGUGCAACGGGUCCAUGUACAGAGGUAGUUGGAAGGGGGAUCGCCAGGUGGGCCACGGUAUAGCAUUGGAAGGAGAGACUGGCACCCAGUAUGAAGGACUGUUUCUUCUAGGAAAACUAGAGAGCUAUGGCACAUCUCGCUCGGCAGAAGACAUUUAUGAGGGAACAUGGCUAGAUGGCAAGCGACAGGGCGUGGGAGUUGCUUCCUUCCCCGAUGGAACCGUUUUGCGGUGUCUUUGGCAUCAGGGAGCGUCACAGGAUGGGUUUGUGCACUAUAGGUACAAUAACGGUGAUGUUUACGAGGGUGACUGGUCCAACGGGGGGCGGUGUGGUAGCGGGACGUUGCGGUACGCAGACGGCUCGGUGUACGUCGGUGAGUGGCGUAACGACAAGCCGCAUGGAUGUGGUUGCUUCACUGAUGCUUGCGGCGAGACACAUGUUGGUGAGUGGUGUAGUGGCACACAGAAAGAUGUGCGGGGAAAGAUCCAAUUUAUCGAUGGAAGUAUGUAUGAAGGUGACGUGUGUAAUCGCCGGCCGCACGGGAAAGGCCGUCUGUGCUAUCCCGAUGGCACUGUGUUUGAUGGGACAUUCAAAAACGGUAUUUACGCUGCCUAA